GUUGGAAUGAGACACCGCUUUGUUCAACGGCAGGGAGGGCGAACGGGCAGCAGCCGCCGUCUCCGCGAGAAGCGCUAACCUACGCGCAGCCUGCCGCGGCGUGUUCCUCUCGCUCGCCUUUGUUCCGCUGUGGCGCGGCGCCUCUCGCCCAUAUUCGCGUUCCUGCGUCCAGUUCGAGGGCGAUCCGGCGAGGGAUGUCAAAGCGAGUGCGAAGCAGAGAGGUCUGCGCUGAUUGCAGCUCCCCGGAGCCUCGCUGGGCCUCCGUUAACAGGGGCGUGCUGAUCUGCGAUGAGUGCUGCAGCAUCCAUCGAGGUCUGGGCCGACACAGCUCCCAGGUCCGGCAUUUGACUCAUUCCCCAUGGCCCCCCUCCCAGUUACAGAUGGUCCAGACGUUGUAUGGCAAUGGAGCUAAUUCCAUAUGGGAGCACAGCCUCCUGGAUCCUUCCUCAUCAGUGAGUGGGAAACGUAAAGCGAACCCCCAAGACCGAGUUCAUCCUAACAAGACAGAGUUUAUCAAGGCCAAAUAUCAGAUGUUGGCUUACGUCCAUCGGAUGCCUUGCCGUGAUGAUGAUAGUGUAACCGCCAAAGACCUCAGCAAGCAACUCCAUUCCAGUGUUCGGACCGGAAACCUGGAGACCUGCCUUAGGCUCUUGUCUUUGGGAGCACAGGCCAACUUCUUCCAUCCAGAGAAGGGGAACACUCCACUACACAUAGCUGCAAAAGCGGGUCAAAUAUUACAAGCAGAACUGUUGGCAGUUUAUGGAGCUGAUCCUGGAGCCCUGGAUUCCAGUGGAAAGACGCCCAUUGAUUAUGCGAGACAAGCUGGGCAUCAGGAGCUGGCGGAGAGGCUGGUGGAGAUCCAGUAUGAACUCACUGACCGAUUAACAUUCUACCUUUGUGGUAGAAGACCCGAUCACAGAAAUGGACAACACUUCAUAAUUCCACAGAUGGCAGACAGUAGUCUGGAUUUGUCAGAGUUUGCAAAAGCUGCAAAGAAGAAGCUGCAGUCGUUAAGUAACCAUCAGUUUGAAGAACUUGCCAUGGAUGUUUAUGAUGAAGUUGACAGAAGAGAAACAGAUGCAGUGUGUUUGACCACUCAGAACCACAGCACACUUGUAACUGACACCACAGUUGUACCUUUUCUGCCCGUCAAUCCAGAGUAUUCAUCUACCAGAAACCAGGGUCGUCAGAAGUUGGCUCGGUUUAGUGCUCAUGAAUUUGCCACCCUAGUUAUUGAUAUUCUAAGUGAUGCUAAGCUACGGCAGUGGGGAAACUCCUGUGAAAGUCUCAAAGAGAAUGUGGAGCUGAUCCUUCAGAAGGGACCAGACAGUCGCCAUAACAGUGAGAACCAGGACAAUGACCAGCCUGAUUAUGAUAGCGUUGCAUCAGAUGAAGAUCCAGUACAAGAGGCUACUUGUGCAGAUAACUGCAAUGAUGGAAGGACCAAGAGCUCAGAGUCGUCAGACCUCUCUGAUGGACCAAUCACAGUACAGGAAUUCAUGGAAGUGAAGAGUGCCCUGACUGCAUCAGAAGCCAAAAUACAGCAGCUCCUUAAAGUCAACUGUCACCUCAGUGAAGAGCUGCGGUUGAUGCAGACCAAGCUAAACUCCCUGCAGACUGAAAACACAACGCUUCGAUGGCAGACUCCGACCACACAACAACACCUGCAGGGCCCCUUUGGUCGCCAGCAGCCCAGAGGAGGCCGCGCCAUGUCCAUGUACGAGACGGGUUCGACUCCGAGGCAGUACCCCCAUCGACCUGAAAAUGCUCGGCAUGAGGAUGGAGUGGUUUUGCAACCCUUCCCCACUAACAUUGGGAGGGGUCCUUUGGGGACCGCUGCCUCGUCCCUACCUACCUUCCCCUCCUCCCUGUCCUGGUCGUGGGACGAGAGAUCUCGAAGGGGCUGUAGUCUGGAGGGACAAAGCACCAUGAUGGAGAACGAGUAUGACACGACACCCAGCCACUCUGAAAAUGACACUGGCAGCCCUCUCACUGCCUCUGAUGCUGUGGAACCAGAUGAGGAGGGUCAGGAGGAUGCCACCCUUCCCUGCACUGAGGAUGUCAUCUGUAAAACAGAGCAGAUUAUCAAGAACAUACAGGAACUUCAGAGAGCUGCCCAGGAGACCAAACAUGAAAGCUACCUGCCUUGUUCUGAAAGGAUCUGUGUGGCUGUGAAAGAGAUGGCCGCACUGUUUCCCAAGAGGCCGUCCUCAGAGACCGUCCGAGGGUCCCUGUGCCUGCUCACGUCCAGCGCCAGCCGACUGCAUGGGGAGUGCCAGAAGGCUGUGGAGCACAGCCCCUGCCCGGUGGACAUCCAGCUGGUCACCCAGCAGGUCAUCCAGUGCGCCUAUGACAUUGCCAAAGCUGCCAAGCAGCUCGUCACUGUGACAACCAAAGAAAACAACAACUAAAAACUAAAACCAAAAGACAUUUCUAAUUCACCCAAAACUGAUAUUAUCAGUGAUGUUGUUCAUUUCAGUUUAAUCAGUGUUAUUGUUUCAUACACAUACAUUCCUUGACUUGUAGAAAAUAUAUGUAUCAUGCAAAAAAUAUGGGUCAAUCACAACCUUAUUUAUUUUGUUUUUGUACAUUGUGUGUUAAUACACAUGUAAACUAACAUGUUUAAAGAUACAAGACAAAAUUAGUUACCGUUCUUUACCUCACAGGAAGAUUUCAUGCACCCAGUUUGUAAAAAUGAAAUGCUGUGUGUGUUUGAGCCAGCUCCAUUUUAUCUUUCUUACUUGUACUUCAGCUUAGACACUAGAGGUCAUCAGUUGUGCUCCUCGCGCUCAGAUCUCAGGUCUGGCAUGGCUGACCCCAGCUCAGUGCAGAAUACCUGGCAUCAGGAACCAGAACAGAUGAACUUUAGUCUAAUUUAGUGACUAUUGUGUAUUUAGAAUGCAAUGGACAGUAUUUUAAUUUUAAACCACUGUGAUGUCACUUGCCUACAGUUCAGAUGGUUGUUUAGUGAGCAAACAUUGAUGAAAUGUAUAUUUAGGGCAUGAGCCAGGAGUUGCAGCAUUGUGCAAACUUUCAUUCCAUCUAGCAGCAACACGUGAUUUCACAGUUUAGUCCCUCCAGGCUGGUCGACGAUGCGUCCAGAUCAGUAAUAUCUGGCGCUGUAUAGUUUUAGAGGCAUGCAUGCGUGUGUGCGUGUUUUUCCUCCGACAUGGGGACCAUAAACCAUGUUUUUGCUAUCAAGGUGAGGACAUUUUGACAACGUGGGGACACUUCGCAGGUCUCCACGGGUCCGAAGGCUUUUUUGAGGGUCAAGAUGUGAUUUUAGAGCUGAGGUUAGAAUUGAGUUUUGGUUCGGAUUAGAGCAAAGAUUAGACGUCUGCUUCUAUUUGUGAUAGUUAGGGUAAGGGGCUAGGGAAGGCGUUAUGUCAAUAGGAAGUCCCCACGUUGAUGAGUUGAUGGUGUGUGUGUGUGUGUGUGUGUGUGUGCGCGCGUGCGCGUGUGAGAGAGAGAGAGAUCUCACUAAGGGGGAUCUCAGUGGUCUAUGUAAAAUCAAUUUUAAUAGUAUUAUGCAAAUGUAAGAUGUAUGUAUCCAUGUAAUUCUUUAUCAGAAUAAUCCAAAUGCUAUUCUAUUUAUGAACCCUAUGUCAUACCUCUAACAAAAUAUCAGUGUUUAUUUUCAUAAGCUUUUGUCCUAACAGCAAAACUUGUUGUGUUCUGGGGUUCGGGACGUCUCCGCUGGCAGUUCCAUGUAGGCAACUACUGAUGUCUGUUUGCUCAGUGUGGUGCCGUACCUCCGGUGUGUUCGAUGCUGUUUGUGAUCAAACAUGUAGCGACGUGAUUUACAAUCAGUAAUAAAGUUAAAUGUGCGCCCAGA